GGCUGCUGGUCCGACCAAACACCGGCGCGAACUUUGACAAACAUGACAUAUCAGGGGGGCAGCAAUACUAUCGAUUCAUGUGCAGCAACCUGCGCGUCCGGUAACAAUACCAUUGCUGGCCUGGCUAAUGGCGAUCAAUGCUUCUGCGGCAGCACGCUUGGGUAUAUGGCAACUCAAGUUAUCGAUAGCUCGUGCGCCUCGCCAUGUACGGGCAACGGCAGCGAGAUCUGCGGCGGCGCUCUUCGCCUUUCUUUCUUCGCAAAUGGCCGUCCAAUAAUAGCUGCAGCUCCAAGCACACCAGAGGUGGUCAACAAAGACUUCUAUUUCGUCAACUGCUACACUGAGGCAACCACCGGUCGCACACUGGGCGCUGCCAGCACUAGCGGCCUGUCCCUUACGCUUGAGUACUGUGCUAGCUCCUGUUCCGCGUAUCAGUACUUCGGAGUCGAGUACGGCGACGAGUGCUACUGCGGAAAUAGCCUGGCAGGCGGCUCGGUAGUGGCUCCCGCCAGUGAUUGCAACAUGCUGUCCGCAGGCAACCGUGCCGAAUUCUGCGGUGCUGGCUAUCGUCUUACCGUCUACCAAAACACUAGCUGGGUUGCACCGACUGGGACUCCUCCAGCAUCUGCUGGUACGCCGAUGUUAGCUGGCCCAUCAUGUCCGGGUAGCAAUGCUACGACUAUCCUGUCCGGCGGGAAGAGCUUUAUGGUCGAAUGCGGUAUAUCUACGCAGUGA